AAGGUGAGGCAUCUCACGUGACGCCAUCUUGGUAUUAUUUACUCGUUUUGAGUUGAUAUAUAUACAGGCUCAAGUUUAUGCAGUUUUAUCAUUUUAAUGCGAUAAAUGGUUAUAUUUUGUAAACGUCCAUCACUCUAUAUGUCACUUUGCCUGAUUUUACAUAAUGAUUCGGCUGUCUAUUCUUGAUUUUGUGUAGACCAACUGGUGACAUGACAAGCCCGACUCAUGGACACUUUGAUCAAGAGAAGAGAGUUCGUAGAGAAAUUGCUAACAGUAAUGAACGCCGGAGAAUGCAAAGUAUCAAUGCUGGGUUCGAUUCCCUACGUAUCUUACUACCUACGAUAUCAGAUGGUGAAAAGAUGAGCAAGGCUACCAUAUUACAGUUAACGGCCAAGUAUAUUAAUACUUUGCUAAUGCGUGUUAGCUUGUUGGAGAGUGAAGUAGCCGUGUACCGCCAGUCAGCUGGUUUGCAACCCAACGCAAUCACUACGGACAUGUCAUGUCCAAUCCUCACCGCUAGAAAACGAAAGUCUGAUGAUCUAAAAAAACGUCCCGAUUGUAUACGCAGUCGCCGUCGACGAGUUGAAACGGAUGGCACUUUUGAUUCUACACGUCAAAAUUAUAUUCAUUUCUCUCCUGAAAGUACGGAUACCCACCAAUCAUCUCCACUGAAUUCAUUCAAUAGUAGUACAUCAAUCUGUUCUGCUUCUCCUCAACCUGAAAGUACAAGUAGUACUGCUGCAAGAUUGGAGCAUUUGGUAAUGGCUAUUGAACAAAUUGAAGGGGUGGAGCUCUUAACGUUUCACCACAACCUGAGAGCCAUGAUGGUAGUUUCUCAAUGGGAGAUCGUUCACCAUCAGAAACAUACUGGCAUAGUCCACAAGAAAAUUAUCAUGGUUAUGCAUAUGUUGACACUCAAACAUCAAUUCAGAAACCAAAUAAUCUCUUCACAGAUUCCCUUUUAUUGACUCCAGUGUCAGAAAUCAAUCCACCUCUUAACCCUGGUGAAAGUACUCAAGUUCAUAAUACUGAGGAAUAUCCAAUUGUAGCAAAACUUUUAAAUCGUCCUAUUCCUCAUAAAUACCUCCAUAGGCCCCAGGUCGUCGUUAACAGUUCUCAUUAACUUCAUAUUGUUAGUUUCGCAUUUUUCAGCCUCUAACUUUAAUCGGGAUAAUUUAUACCGACUGUGCUUACAGAAUUUCGCUAGUGCGGUGUACAUAUACUUAAGGUUUAUUAUAUUAUUUCCCUGAAAUUUAUCUAUAUAUUUUGUGAUCUUUUAUAUCUUUAGUUAUUCGUUUGGUUAAAUGAGGGGAAAGGUCUAAGUAUUGCGCCAUUUGAAGGUUUUACUGUUUAGCAAUUUUUGUAUUUUGUAAAAAUAACUGGUAGUUUGUUUUUUGUUGUUUAAAACUGAUCAUACAUUUGCUUGAACAUUUCACAUAUGAUGUUGUAAAUGUUCUCCUACUCACCUUUGGCGAGUUCUAUUAAAUUGUUGUAGAGUGAGACUCUGCUUCUCUUUUUG